UCGAGUACGAUCGUCAGGGGCGAUUUGCGAGCGGCACACGCGAUGUUCGCGUGGCUACAGGCGAACACCGAGGAAGAACUGACGAUUGAGACGAUCCACGGGCGUAUCGCGUCGAUCGUCUCCGGAUUGUCGCCCCGAACGAAAGUAAAAGGCUACACGACCGGUAGAGAUCGCGAAUAAAAAACGCAACCGCGUUCCCAAGCUUUCCCUCUCUCUCGUCCCCUCUUCCUCUCUCUCUCUCUCUCUCUUUCUCUCCUUCUCGCGGAGAGCUGCCUCGCGUUCAGCCGGCCGUAAAUCUCGUUCACCGGGAGUUCGAGGCUCGAAGGGCACGCGAUGCCGCGUAGGGACGCGGUGAAACGCGAUAGACCACCGGCAUGGGGUCUCGCGAGCGAGUGAUAACGACGAACAGUGAGUGAAGACCGAGCAGGUGGUGGAGGAGGAAGAGGUGGAGGAGGAAGAGGAAGAGGAACGGAAACGGCGACAGGAGGAGGAGGGGGUUGGAGGGAUCGUCUGGUUCGGCACCGGUGCUUUUUGCAGGAAAACCUUUCAACCUGGCGGACCAAGAGGAAGGCGGCGGCUCGGCGGCGAUGCAGGGUAAGGAGAGCCCCGUCGGGUCCAACACCCAGGAGACCCAUCAGUACGUCGGCCCUUAUCGGCUGGAGAAGACCCUGGGGAAGGGCCAGACAGGAUUAGUAAAGCUCGGCGUACACUGCGUGUUGGGCAGGAAGGUGGCGAUCAAGAUCAUCAACCGCGAAAAGCUUUCGGAGUCCGUGUUGAUGAAAGUGGAGCGCGAGAUCGCUAUUAUGAAGUUGAUCGACCAUCCGCACGUGCUCGGCCUCUCGGAUGUGUACGAAAACAAGAAGUACCUAUAUCUUGUUCUGGAACACGUCUCGGGCGGGGAGCUGUUCGAUUAUUUGGUUAAGAAGGGUAGACUGACUCCGAAGGAAGCGAGAAGAUUUUUUCGACAAAUAAUUUCCGCAUUAGACUUUUGCCAUAGUCAUAGUAUAUGUCAUAGAGACUUAAAGCCUGAGAAUCUGUUGCUGGACGAGAAGAAUAACAUUAAGAUAGCGGAUUUCGGAAUGGCGUCCUUACAACCCGCGGGCUCUAUGUUGGAGACCAGCUGCGGAUCGCCUCAUUACGCCUGCCCCGAAGUCAUUAGAGGCGAGAAGUACGACGGUAGAAAGGCGGAUGUGUGGUCCUGCGGGGUAAUACUUUACGCACUCCUGGUGGGCGCGCUACCUUUCGACGACGACAAUCUAAGGAAACUGCUGGAGAAGGUUAAACGCGGAUUGUUUUAUAUACCGCACUUCGUGCCACCGGAGUGCCAGAACUUGCUCAGAGGCAUGAUAGAGGUCGAUCCCGAGAAAAGGCUGACGUUAGCGGCCAUAAACAGGCACGUGUGGGUGACGGCGUCGGGUAAGGGUGAGUUGGAGUUGGAACUGUCGAUGAUGGACGUAGUGCAGACACACGUUAUUCCGUCCGUGGACGCGAUCGACCCCGACGUGUUGCAGGCGAUCGCGAGCCUCGGUUGCUUCAAAGAACGCGACAAGCUCAUUCAGGAGCUGCUCAGUCCCAACCACAACACAGAGAAGGUGAUCUACUUUCUGCUGCUGGAGAGGAAACGAAGAAGACCAGCGUGCGAGGACGAGCUAGAAGUAAUGAGGGGCGGUAUGAGAGGAUCCGCUGGACAACUAGAGGCUGAUCCACCGAGGAAGCGAGUGGACACGUGUAGGGUGAACGGCAGCACCGCGCUCAAUCUUGGACAGAUCAGUCACGGCUCACCUUUAACACCACGAAGACAGUCUAGCACGAGACAUCACGCACGUCGCUCGCCGAGUACAGGCUGCCACACGCACGCGUCGCAUUCGCACGCGUCGACGCCGGGCAGCUCACCCUUGCACGCGCCGAACGUCGCCGGGCUGUUGAGUCCUCACCGGACGGUGCCGACGUCGCACAUGGGCCAGACCGGGAGUCCUCAUCGGCUGUCGACCGGCGGGACGACCACCACCGCGGGGAACGGCAGUCCGACGAGCCAGAGUGUGCCAACGCCGGCGCCAGCGCUCACCAAUGUCGGCAUCGAGCUCAACGAGGUGCAACCCGUAGUCGCGGUCGGCGUCACGCCGCCCGGCUCGCCUCACACAGGAGCGGGAUCCGGCGCUCACCACUGGAGGUCGCGAUUGACCACGAUCAAGAACUCCUUCCUGGGCAGCCCCAGAUUUCACCGUCGCAAGUUGCUCACCAGUACCGAGGAAGUGCACCUUACGCCGGACUCUUCGCCGGAGCUCACGAAGAAGUCGUGGUUCGGCAGUUUGAUGACCACGGAGAAAGACGAGACCUUUACCGUGCUGGUUAAGGGAAAGCCGCUGGCUAGCGUCAAGGCCGACCUGAUUCACGCUUUUUUGUCGAUAGCAGAAUUGUCGCACAGCGUCAGCUCGCCGAUGUCGUUCCGGGUGGAAUACAAGCGCGGUAGCACCGCGCCUGCCAUGUUCCAGAGGCAGGUGCGAUUUCAAGUUGAUAUCAGCGCGAUCUCGAAGCAGCCGAACGAGCCGUUGUUUGCCAUCACCUUCACAUUACUCAGCGGUAACAUCCGGAGAUUCAGGAGAGUCUGCGAACACAUCCAGUCCCAGGUGUGCUCCAGGAACGUCGGUAUCAACUUGGGAGGGCAAAGCAGAGCCGCGCCGCCCAGUCCGAGGGCCUCCAGGAAGUUCGCCACGGAGAUGAGCGAGAGCUCGAGCUGCGGCAGCGACACUAGCGAACGGCUCUUUCUCAGUCCUCACCCAGCUACCAGACAGGUAGUCUGUUUCAACAAGAUCGACUCGGACAUCGAGUCGGACACGUCGGUGUUCGACGUGAAGUCGCCGACCCGCGAGAACGGCAGGAGGAGCUCGACGUCGACGAACAACAACAAUCCCUUGCCGGGCGACGCGACGCCGACGCCGGGUAGCCCGCCGAAGACGGUGAGGAGCAACUCGGAGAGCCAAAACACAUCCGAGAAGAAAUGUGUCACCACGAUGAGCGGUAACAAUAUAGCGUGA